GUUCCUCCCGUGCGGCGCCAUAGAAGAAGAAGCAGCAGCAUUGUAAACACAAGGAUAUGGCUGCCGAAAGGGGCGGAGGUGAAGAUAACAUUAACGACAACAUGGGGAACCAGCUACAGCUUCUACCAGAGAACGAAGAGGAUGAAGACGGCGAUAUGGAGACUGAGGAUCGAGACAAUGAGACGACAGAGAAGCCCAAGAACAUCAACUUUGACCCCAGCCUCCCCACGUCUCAUGCUUACCUGGGCUCUGACAUGGAGGAGUUUCACGGUCGCACUGUCCACGACGAUGACAGUAUUCAGACCAUCCCGGUGAUGCCACACACGGCUGUCAUGCUUCUGCCUGGUCAGACUCUUCCUCUGCAGCUCUUCCGGCCGCAGGAGGUCAGCAUGUUGAAAAGUGUCAUGCAGAAAGACCGCACGUUUGCGGUGCUGGCCCACAGUGAGGCUGGCGAACCGGACACAGAGUUUGGGACGACGGCAGAAAUCUAUGCGUAUCUCGAAGAGCAAGAAUAUGGCAUUGAAACUGUGAAAGUGAAGGCAAUCGGGAGACAGCGAUUUAAAGUCCAUGAGAUCAGGACUCAGGCGGAUGGGAUCAGGCAGGCAAAAGUACAGAUCCUUCCAGAAAGAAUUCUUCCAGAUCCACUGUCUGCAGUGCAGCUGAUGCCCCUCUCCAGGAUCCACACCCACCCUGCCCCCUCCCCCUCCCCCUCCACUCAGAGCUGCAAACAAACACCACACUCAUGGAAAAAGAGUCGACAGCACAAGCUGAACUGUGCCAGUAUGACUCCGUGGCCUCCGUGGGUCUACUCGCUCUACAACCCUGAAUCACUCAUGAACCGAGUGAAGAAGCAGCUGCACGAGUGGGGCGACAAUCUGGUGGUGGACUUUCUCCCGGCGAACGCUGUCGACUUCUCUUACAGGGUCGCGGCAUUUUUGCCCAUCGAUGAUUCUCUGCGGCUCCAACUUCUCAAGAUAGGCAGCGCCAUUCAGAGGCUUCGCUGUGAGCUAGACAUUAUGGACCGGUGCACCUCACUGUGCUGCAAGCAGUGCCAGGACACUGAGAUCACCACCAAGAACGAGAUCUUUAGCUUGUCUCUGUACGGGCCCAUGGCUGCCUACGUCAACCCUCACGGUUACGUCCAUGAAACUCUGACGGUCUACAAAGCCAACAAUCUCAGCCUGGUUGGCAGUCCAUCCACUCUGCACAGCUGGUUUCCGGGUUAUGCUUGGACCAUUGCUCAGUGUCGAACCUGCAGCUCCCACAUGGGAUGGAAGUUCACGGCCACCAAGAAGGACUUGACGCCGCCUCGCUUCUGGGGUCUGACCCGUUCGGCGAUGCUGCCUCGUAUCCCCCAAACUGACUUGGAGGAGGGGCGCGAGGGCUCCCGCCUCCUCUGCUUGUGAAAUCAGCGCCAUCCUCUCAUGAUACUUAGGACCCCGUUUCCCACCCUCCUCACACCAACUCUUGAUUUGGGUGUGAUUGCUUUCAGUCAUCAGUACUUCACACUUAUCUCUCACCCCUGGCUGCAAAUCCGCCACAUUAGCCGAAAGGUCAGUGGGACCGGAGCAUGAAAGGGUGUGCGCCCAGCAGGAAGGAGGUGGAGACUGGUCAUGAUGCUUCUAGAAAAUGCUGCUGGAAAUGCAGGUUGUUGCCGUGACGCAUGACCAUCUGCACUUGCCGCUGUCCUGUCCGUCGACGUGUCUGCCGCAGCCACGAAAACACAAAACGCUGCUGCCGAGUGCAUCUUCACUUGCUGUCGAUAUCCUCUGUGGUCGGGGAAACGCUUGAACCAGUUGAGUAGAAAUGCGCCCGAGUGCCCAAUGAUAGUGAUAUUACGGAACGUGGAACCAGAUCGGAUGUAUUUUUGUAUGCGGGAAGUACAACAGCGUCCUCGUUCAUGUAAUGUGAUUUUUAUUGUUCAGUUUUUGUGUAAUAAACAAACAACUGAUGG